AUGCGGAUAUUGUUGGACAUUCCUCGGCUCGUGCGAAUGCGGUCAUCUGAAUGCCGGACGCGUAAACCACGCCGAAUGGCCUCGCGAGUCUGGGUCGUGAGGGUGGAGGAGGAGGGGAUGGAUGAUAGAGGGUCGGGAACAGAGCAGGCCGUAAAGGGACACUGGGCACAGGCGGGAUACAUAGGUGACGGGGAAGAGGGUCAUGUCGACGGAGAGGAGGAACGAAUGGGGAGGCGAGUUGGUGGUGCCAUGCCGUGGAAAAUCUAUCCACCGCUUGCCGCAGCUAUGCCGCUAAAUCGCAUUCACGCUAUUUUAAUUAAUCGACGGCGUCGGCCUGCUAGCUCGUCGGCACAACUUUUUCACCCGACCGUCCAACCUGAAUCUAAUCUAUCUAACCCGUCAGCCGGAUCGGACCGGCGAACUCGAGUUCCCGCGUCAUUGCGUAAACUUCAUGUCCUUUCGGCAUGUGUGGCAGCUCGGAUCAUCGCGGACACGAUUGGAAGUGAUUUCCCCGGAAAUUAA